UCAGGUCAGACGGUCACGUGACGCUCCAGGUGAGACGCAGGUGUAAGAGGAGGCCUUGUGCGCUCCAUCCAUUAUUCAGACGGAGGAAUCUGAUUGGCUGCUGCAUGAGCAUGUGUCUGCACACCUGUCGCAUUCUGUCUGUCUGUAUCUCUUCUGUACACCGUCGUCCUCAGAGUGUCUCCUGUGGGUCAAGAGAGUUACGGAUCUGGUCAGAGCUGAAGAUGGUUUCUCCUGCGAUCGCUUUGGCUUUUCUUCCGCUCUUGCUCACACUGAUCAUCCGUUACCGAUAUUUUUUCGUGUUGCUGUAUCGGGCCGUCCUGAUCCGCUGGGUGCGGGACUGUCUGACGGGCCUCAGCCGAGAGGAGCGGGCGUUUCAGUACAUCCUGACCCACGCCACACCCGGAGACGUCCAGAGCAUCCUGGACACAUUCGACCACUGGUGCAGCAAAGUGGAGUUCAUCAGCAACAUCGGACCCAAGAAAGGUAAGAUCCUGGACCGGCUGCUGCAGGAACACUGUCCCAUCACGGUGCUGGAACUGGGCACUCACUGCGGCUACAGCACGGUCCGCAUCGCCCGCUCGCUGCCCAUCGGCGCACGCAUUUACUCCGUCGAGAUGGAUGAGGGAAACGCUCGGGUGGCUGAGAAAAUCAUCCGGCUGGCAGGUUUUGAUGAGGACAUGGUGGAGCUGAUCGUGCGUCCCUCGGAUGAGGUGAUCCCGCGUCUGCGUGAGGAUUUCGGCGUGGAGCGUCUGGAUCUGGUCUUCAUGGAUCACUGGAAGCGCUGUUACCUGCCGGACCUGCAGCUGCUGGAGGGCAGCGGUCUGCUCGGCGAAGGCUCCAUCAUUCUGGCCGACAACGUCAUCUUCCCUGGAGCGCCCAACUUCCUGCGACACGCGCGCAGCUCGGGCCUGUACGAGGUCAGAGUUCACCGCGCCACGCUGGAGUACAUCCGCGGCAUCCGUGACGGCAUGGCCGAGCUCACCUUCCUCGGGAUCAAGUAAAACACGCUUACAGGAUGUUAACGUGACGCUCUGAACAGUUCGUGUCACAGCUGCUGUUGAUUCAGUGCUCGUUCAUUAACAUCAAUCUUCAAGCAACAUUCACAUUUAUGCAUUUAUCCAAAGUGACUUACGUUGCAUUCAGUGCACACAUUAACAUUUAACCGUUCCGUGCUUUUCCUGGGAAUCGAACCCAUGACCUUGGCACUGUUAGUGACAAGAUUUACUGUUUGAGCGACAGGAAACACAUGGAACACUUAUUAAGUUUGAGGAUUUGUGAGAUCAGGUAAAUAAAGCUGGCAUGAAAUAAAAAUUCAUCUUUAUCUGUGCAUAUUUGUUUUAACCUCGUGUUUUAUCAAAAUGUAAUAA